CAGAACGAAAAUGUGACGUCACAUUUCACGUGGCUCCACAGAGCGAAUCACGCGCUGAAAUGAACUGUUGUUUUUUGUCAGAAGCUUCGGAGGGUCGUUAAGUGUAGCAUCACUAUUAUUUUAUAUAGUAAACAUCAAACUGCAACUUUCUGAUGUCUGAGGACGUCUAUGAGAAGUUUCUCGCUCCAGAGGAGCCGUUUCCAUUGCUCUCACAAAGAGGAAACUUCAGUGAAGACGCAACACUAGAUGCCAGUGACUUUGGUUGUCAGUUGUCAUCAUGUCACCGAACAGAUCCUUUACAUCGCUUUCACAGUAGCAGGUGGAAUCUGACGUCAUGUGGUACCAGUGUGGCAAGUUCAGAAUGCAGUGAGGAGCUCUUCUCUUCUGUGUCAGUGGGAGAUCAAGAUGAGUGCUACUCUCUUCUGGAUGAUCAGGAGCUUGCGUCCUUUGACCUGUUUCCAGAGGGCAGCGUGUGCAGCGAUGUGUCAUCUUCUAUUAGCACAUACUGGGAUUGGUCAGACAGUGAAUUUGAGUGGCAGUUACCAGGCAGUGACAUAGCCAGUGGCAGUGAUGUUUUGUCUGACAUAAUUCCCAGUGUGCCCAGUUCACCUUGCCUCAUUUCCAAACGAAAAAGCAAGGUGCACAGGAAUCUGGAUGAGCUACCCUGGAGUGCAAUGACCAAUGAUGAACAGGUGGAAUAUAUUGAAUAUUUGAGUCGAAAAGUGAGCACAGAAAUGGGACUCCGGGAGCAGCUUGAUAUCAUAAAGAUAAUUGACCCAAGUGCACAGAUAUUGCCAACAGACAGUGAGUUCAUCAUCGAGCUGAACUGCCUCACAGAUGAAAAACUGAAACAGGUGAGGAGCUACAUCCGUGAGCACAGCCCGCGGCAGCGGGCCAGCGCGCUGCGUGAUUGCUGGCGGAGGAGCGUUGCAAGCACCAGUGCAGUUAGCGCUCACAGCAGCAGUAAUGCCAGCAUGGUGAGCAGUGCUAGCAGCAGUAGCUUGUCCACAGGAUCCAAUACGUCCACCAACAUCAGCCGUGCCCACAGCGAUGGGAACCUGGCCACUGCUGCUGAGCGCAUAAGAGACUCCAAGAAACGCUCUAAGCAGAGAAAAAUGCAGCAGAAGGCAUUACGCAAGCGGCAACUGAAAGAGCAGAGACAGGCUCGCAAGGAGAGGUUAAGCGGUCUUUUCUUAAAUGAAGAGAUCCUGUCACUCAGAGUCACAGAGGAAGAGGACCACUGUGAUGAUGUUGAAGUAUUGAUGUGACGAGAGUGAAUUACUCAGUGUUCCUUCUAAGCCUCCUUCGUUGAAGCAUUAGUUACUUGAUUCUCAUCUGUAACCACAUCCAGUGAUGAUAAUACAGCUAUUUGUUUUCCAGCAGCUGUGCCAACUCAUUGACAUACAAUGUCAAAAGCCCCCUGACCAAUUGGUUUCCUUGUUUACUUUGACAAAGGAGUAUUAAAGGGAUAGUUCGGCCAAAAACGAUAUUAAACCCAUGAUUUACUCACCCCCAAGCUGUCCAA